AUUAAAAACCACCACAAACAGCAAAUGCAGUUGCUACAGGCAGCACCCACAGCCGGACAUCCGCAUCAGUUGCAUCAUAUGCAGCCACCCAGUUAUUCGCCCGGCUAUCCAGCUGGAGCUGUUGCCGCAGCAGCUGCGGCCGCCACCAUGUUGCAACAACAGCAUCAGCAGCAGCAACAACAACAGCAUCAACAACAUCAGCAGCAGCAACAAUAUCAAUUACAACAACAGCUACACUAUGCUCAACAGCAACAACAACAACAAACCCUUGUUGCCCAACAACAGCAGCAGCAGCAACAACAAAUGCAAAUGUUACAAACCUAUAUGCAACUGCAAGUAAACAAUGCAGCUAGCCCCACCACACCCACAAAGUUUGGUAGCGCCUUGCAACAUCAAACCCAACAAGCGCUGCAGCAACAACAGCAUCAAUUACAGCUGCAACAACCCCAGGCCCCGGCAUUCUUUGCCUCUGCCACCGCCGGUACUCCCUUGACCAUAAUACCCGCCUGCAAUGGUUCUUCGGCUGCGGUGGCGGCCGCCAUGUUUGCGGCAAAUAUGGCCGGUUCGAACAACAGCAACUCCACCACAACAACGUCGACAGCAACCACAACUCCAUCCAACAACAAUAAUGUAAAUAAUAACAUUAGUCUAUCUGCAACUAGUUCUUCUCCAUCAGCAGCAACUGCGGCGACCGGUGCAUAUUUGGGUGGCGGCGGUACGGCUGUUGGCUCGACCGCAAGUGGCAUGGCCGCCGCCGCCAUGGCCAUUGCCAAUGCCACCAAUUCCGUGGUCGCUUCCGUGCCAAAUCAUGGAGGUGCUGGCCUCUUGGGUGGUGCCCCAACCGCCACCACCAACAUCGGCCAGUCGGGUGUUCUCCUCAAUGGCGCCGACUAUUGGUCGGCCAACUAUUUUGGAACAGCAACACCUCCAGCAACGGCAUUAUCUGCGUCAGCGGGCAUUGCUGGUUUUGUUGGUAUGCGUCCAGGUGCCGGUUUGCUGGGCAGUGCUCCGGGCUGUCCGACAAUUGAAUUGGCAAAUAAAACUUCAAAACUUUUAUUGGCCACCUCGCCGUUGCCACUCAAUUCCAGCCAGACAUCAUCCAAGUCAUCGUCGUCGUCCUCUUCUACAUCAAGUCGCUGCAGUUCUGCUUCUUCUGAUUGUUCUAUGUCAUCGCCAUCUUCAUUGCAUCUAUCUUCUCCUAAAAAGGUUUGUGUCUACUUGUACGUCUAG